AUGGCCCGCACACAGCAAGUGCCUGUUGUUGACGACGCGCCCGUCUCCACUCCGCGCGACGAGGAAGUCAAGCCUCUUCCCGAUGAUGUGGACGAGGACAGCUUUGACGAAGCGGUCAGCAAAGACCCGGAACUUGAGAAAGACAUGGUGGACGGAAUCGACGAGUCCAACAUUAUCGACGAGACGACUCGAGGCGCCAAGCCGACGAGCGGGUCGUACAAGGAGCCUAGCGAUGAUGUGAGCGACCUGGUUGACGAAUAG